UCUAACAUUCAAGUCCAUACUUUUUUUAUUUACUUCUAGUCUGAUUCGUUUUUGUUUCCUUCACCUUUCCCUUCCAUUUGUUUGUUGUUCUCUUCUUUCGAGUUGGAUAUCCCUCCCGCGUGGCUACUACACUGACUGGCCGCCGACCCGGGGUUCUCAUGUUGAGCAGGCUUAAUGUUGAUUUCUUCAUGGGCUCUCUUUUUUUUUUUGUGUGUGUGUAUUGUACUGUAGUUACCCUUCCACUCGUUUGUUAUCUCUUCUUUUUUCUUCUCUAUUUCUUUUUUUCUUCUCUAUUCUCUAUUCUGUCGUCAUUUUUUUUCUUUCGCUUCAUUUUUUCUUUCGCUUCAUUUUUUCUUUCGCUUCAUUUUUUCUUUCGCUUCAUUUUUUCUUUCGCUUCAUUUUUUCUUUCGCUUCAUUUUUUCUUUCGCUUCUGUUUUAUCUUCUACAUAGGGUUUUCUUUCUUUGUCUCUGUUUUGUUGCUAUAGAUUUUUUGAUUCAAUUUGUUGGUUCUGUUUUAUGGGGAUGGAGAUGGCGAUGGGGUAG